GGUAUGACUCUCAUCCGCUUAUGAAAGUUGUGAGCAAGUUUACAGCUGAUAAGCUAAAUUGCAUCCCAGAGAAUAUAGAAAAGUACAAAGCCAUGGAUGUAAGACAGCUUCGGUUCUUAGAUAGCUUUCAGCAUAUGGGAAUGGGGCUAGAUAAAUUGGUUGAAUGCCUAGGGGAGAAAAUCGAAAAAUUCCCCCUAAGUGUUAAGUAUUUUACUGAAAAAGGCUAUUUAAUAGACAAGAUUAAGCUUCUUUUUCGAAAGGAUACAGAAAUAGGCUAUAUACUUGAAGUUGAUUUAGAAGCCCCAGUGCACUUGCAUGAUUACUUUGCAGAUUAUCCUUUAGUGCCAGAAAAGCAGAUAAUACCAGAAAACUGGCUUAGUCUAUAUAAUAAAAUAUUAGUGCGUAAUAAAAAUGUUGGAGAAGGGAAAUAUAUAUCUGGAGAAAAGCUAGUUCAGACCCUUUUUACUAAGAAGAAUUAUAUAGUUCAUUACCGAGCUCUCCAGACAUAUAUGAAGUUCGGAAUGAAGGUUACAAAGAUUCAUAGCGCUCUCAAGUUUAGGCAGUCUCCGUGGAUGAAGGAAUAUAUUGAGGAAAAUAUUCGUAAACGCAAAAUAGCCAAGGCAAAUGGAGAUGAGUUUGGGAUCGUAUAUUAUAAGCUAAAAAAUAAUGCAAUCUUCGGCAAGCAGAUAGAGAAUGUCCGUAAACAUAUGAGAGUAGAAUUACUCCGAACAGAAGAGGAUAAAAAAAUCAGGCGCCUAGCAAGUUCACCAUUGUAUGUAGGCUUUAAAGCAUUCGAAGGGGGUAUCACAGCAGUCCACAU